AUGUCGACACACACUGAUACCUGUUCUCAUCAAGAGAUGACCAUUACAUUGAAUGCGCCACCAAUAUCCGUCGACAGCAUUUCUACAUCAUAUUCACCAAAAUUACCGCUGGAAUGCAUUCAGUGCGUCAUCUCCCAUCUGGAUGGCGAUAUCUUUACGCUUUUCCAUUUAUUAACUGUCCAUAGCUCCUUCUUCAAAGCAACACUUCCUAUCCUCUACCGUGACCCUUAUAGAGCAUUAGAAAAACAGAUCCAACGACGAAAUCUAUUGCAUUAUCGCAAAUCAAAAUCAAUUUUCGCAUAUUCUACGGCAGCCAAGAAAUUACUCUACACAUUACUUCUCUCUUGUCGUCGUUCCGAUGAUCUCGUUCCAUUCCUCACUCCCGAUUGGCGGGAUCCUAUAUCGCCUUUUGUCACUGCUGACCAACCAUUGAUGGCCUGCUAUGUCGAUUACCUUGGGGAUCUUGAUUAUGAUCGCUGGGCUCAUACACUUAAAUCCAUAGCACCAGACAGUGACAAUGGAGUAGGAGCACUCCUCAUGAGGCUGCUACGUAUCAUCUUUUUGGAUCACCAUGCAGAGCGCGUCCAGACCCUUUUAAUUCCAGUUACGCAUCUUGCACCCUAUAAACCGCUUCUUCCUCGGCUUAAGAACCUUCGGUGGAUCUCAUUUUAUGAAGAUGGGCUCGAUGGCACACACGAUCAAGCUGAGGAUCAGAAUGAACAAGAGCAACAGGCCGAAGAUAAUACUCAAAGGAGAAAUGGCAAUGAAGGCGUCGAUGGAAACAACAUUCAAGAACAGCAUCAAGAUCAGCCUCACAACAACCAAGGACAGGAGCAAGCAGAAGCAGAGGCAGCACAGGCACAGAACGAAGCUGAACAAACUAAUCAAGAAGUGGUAGCAGAUCAAAUUGUAGAGGUUCCACCGCCUGGUGUGAAUGAAAUUAUAGUAGCGGCAGGGAAUGAGCCCAUUGAUCCCCAGCCUGGCACUUCUCCUUCUUCUCCUGUUCCUGCUUCAGACCCUGCAUCACGAGGAGCAGCUUUUUUGAAGUUACAUCGCGAGCUAUUCGGCUCUAAAAACAACGUUAACCAUUCCUCUCCUUCAGACCAUCACCAACCGGGAUCUGGGCUACAAGGAGUUACAGCUCCCCGAGGCUGGAAUAGCUCAGAUGACGCACGCUACCUUGGGCUUUUAAAAGCAUUGCAGUCUCCUGCGAAUAUCGACUUUCAGGACUGGAGACACCCCCCUACCCUGAGCGACAUCCCUCUCAAUGGUAUUAAGCGCAUUCGCUCUUUCAAUGUGCCUGCAUUGAUGGAGGCAACGUGGAGCCAGGGAGAGCUGCUACAACAAUGCCGAAGCUUGGAACGCUUCUGUGGCCAGAUUAAGAGCUCACCAUCAGCGUUUGCUUGGGCUGUGAAAGAACAUGAGGAACGUACCCUCUUUGAGAACCUCGUCCUUAAAGGUUGCGCUUCUGUUGCAUCACAGAAUGCAGGCCUUAGACUACUAGGGCCUGUACCGGAUCCCGUGCCGCUUCGUAAGAUCCAUUUGGGGGACAGGGAGGCUAAUGACCCCAUCAUCCCUGUAUUACGAGAUGUCUGUUUAGCUUUCAGCAGCACGCUAGUUUCAGUCCAAGUGCGGAUUCGUUUUACAGUAUGUGAGGUUCCCUUGGGUCUUAUUCAUGACAUGCCUCACCUGACCCGACUGGAAAUCUUUAUCAACUCGCCAGCCUACUUCACUUGCAACGUUGGAUUCCUGAAGGGGUGCUCUACAUUAGAGCACAUUCAUUUGGAGAGUGGGAACGAAGGGUCCCCUACAUCGCCGUCUUAUGACGAGUUAGGGUCACUCCAAGAGCCGUGGUAUCUACCCAAGCUAAAACAUCUCAGGAUUAUUGGACCAGUUUGCACAAUUUUCAACUAUGAAACAUUCAUAAAUACGCCCAAUGUGCGUAGCAUUCACCUCGACCAUGUCCUCCAUAAAGACUACCUCAGCACUCUGUCUCAGCCUUCCUGGUCAUGGAACUGGAACAUGUCCGCACUUGGCUCAUUGUGGCUAAAGGGCCAUGCAGCACAUUUAUUCCAGUUAUCAUUCCUGGAGAGAUGCCCCAAUUUGAAAAGGCUACAUCUAGAUCUGGAUCGGGCUCCACGCGUUGUAUCCGAGUCUCGAGAUGCUCCAUUGCUUGCUGCUCCUCGCUUUGAAUCUCCAGUCCACUCGCUUACACUAACAGGUCGAUGGGAGUUCAUGCAUUGUGAUUCAAAUAUAUUCCUUUGGUUCAUGCGGACAUGGUUCAGCAAUGUUCGUUAUUUAAAGAUGGGCGUGCCACGAAUUCCGAGCAACAGAUGGCUGAUGGAGGGCCUGUUAUCACUAAAGCAUCUCCGGAAAUCCAACAUUCGAGGCUGUCGCUUGUCAGGGUAUGAGCUUUGGGAAUUUGGGCUGAAGGAAGCUGCACCCAAAGCGCCUCAUGACUGGGAUCAAAAAUCUCGUGUUCAGUUCAUAGAGGCAGAGGCUCGUAGACGUCGAGAGCUUUUUCGUAUUAGUGAACGACAGCUAGAACAUCAAGAGCAACGGAGAGAACAGAGGCGAUGUAAGAAUUUCGAUCCAUGGGAGGAAACUAUCGCUCCGGCCUUUUCUUCUGGACUCUUUGAUUUCCCAGAGGAAGACACCGACGCAAAAGUUGAUGAAGAUGGAUAUUUGAUGGAGAGGAAACAACAACAGCUGAAAGAGAGAGCAGAAGGUGAGGCAGAACUAGAAAUGCUGAAGAAAAAGCGCGAAAAGGAGGCACAAGAAGAUCAAGGGUUCGUGAAGGCGGAGGUUCAUGACAGGUUGCGAUGCAUUUAUGUUUUCAAAGGCAAACGAUACCAAGUUUACUCCAACAAGAUUUUAGUAGAUUGUUCUUAA